AUGCCACCCUCAACGAUGACGCAAGGGCCGCAAUCCAGACUAGGUGACAACUUCAACGUCAAACGCGGCCAUACGACACAGCUCUCGAUAUCCGACCCCAGUCAUCAUGUCACAGAAGCGAUCGGAACGAUGUACGGCGACGAAGAUGACUCUGUUAAUGAGAAUGACCGACCUCUCAGCUACAUAAACGACGGCUACCAAGAACAGAUAGGGCGGCCCGACGCUCACUUCGGCUCGCACACUAGCAACGGCAGACAACCUCCCACACGAUCCGGUGCCGAUCACUCCAAUACGGCACAAAACUUGUAUCACGACCAAGGGUCUAGAAAGUCGCCAGCCUCACAUCUGCCCAACUCGAUGCACCGAUCAAGUUCCCUCGAACAGGGCCAACGUGGACAAGCGCCGUCUACGCCCUCCUCUCCCGUGUCACUUCGAGAGGUCCAAGCCGACGCUUCUGGCUCGCAGUUUCCCCUCACAAAUAUUGACAACCCAAACGACAUCGCCCUGGAACUCAGUAAUCUGCAGGCGUUACGCCGUUUGUCCAUGGAUGUUGGGAACCCAGUUGAUCCGGACAUGCCAAUGACUCUGUCUUCCAUCCCCCCAAUAGCGCCAAGUGGUAAUGACGAUGAGGAUGACCCUUCGCGCCUCCUUUGGGUACCGGCCAGAGUCCACCCCGAGCUGGCUCCCUCAGAAUUCAAGUCAUUCCUGGAGAAUAGAGUCAACUCCAUCAGACGACGCUCUGGCGAGAGCCACUUAUCAGUGGAUGGUGACAGGGAUGGCAGCGAAUCGAGCUCCCUACGACGUCGAAAGUCUAUGCUCUCCCACCAAAUAGUCAACUCUAGCGGUUCUGGGGCGGAUGGAUAUAUGGAUGGCGCCGAGCGAUUGGAGCGACAAAGGUCACGUCGGUCCAAUCGCUCUCACGAACUUAGUUUGGAUGAGCUGGUGAAAGACCCGGCCGGGGCCGUCCAAAGGAUCUCACAAGAGACGCAAGCUCAGUAUGGCGACUCGCAAGUAAACCGAGACGACAUGCCAAUUUUGCCCAUGGCUCCUGGCAUGGGACUCCGUCGAUCAACACGAACAACAUAUCGCAAGGGGGGGAGCCUUCGUACCGGGAAUCGAGGAUUCAUAUCACGACCCAGUACCAGCCGCCGGCAAGAGAGUGAGAGCUUGUCGACGACGAGCCCACCCCUCCCUGAUACGCCGAGAGAACGCAGCUUAGAACGGGUCAGUUCAGAGCCGAUUCAGGAAAACUUCUCAAGACCAAAUCGUGCCGUUCGCCGCCAGAAUAAGUUUGCACAGGAGUCGCCAACUGCACUUGCAGCGCUUGAAGGCACGGCACCAGGCUCCAACACAUCCAACGACACAAUAGAGCCUGAAGCAGAAGAGGCAACCUCAGCUCGCAGGGCAGUCUCGCCCCCAACCAUCUCUAUCACACAACAACCAUCCUCGCCAACUUCACCAACUCAAGAGAUAAAGGCCUCAGAUUCUUUCCCUCAAAGAUCAUCCUCACAGAGAGACGGCCCUCGUGAUGAUGUAAAACCGGAUGCCACCAAGGAUCAGGCUUCAUCGCACAGCACUCGUGAUGCGGGAGUGAAAGAUGCGAGCAAAUUGCCUUCCACGAAACAUCAUCAGCAAAACGUACACCCCCAAUCCCAACAAAACCAAACUCAGCAGCACCAACAAAUCAAGCAGCACUCGCAAGCUCAGUAUACGGCAAAGUCGCCCCCGCCGACAGCACAGUCUCAAACUCUGAGCGAGGGAUUGGCUUCGAACCCGAGCUUGCCAGGCGGCGGCAACACCAGGACUGACGCCUUGACCUUCAUCCCUACACUUGGCCCGGAUGAGCGCAAGAGCGAGAAGAAGUCGAAAAAGGACAAAGACGAUGAAGCAUCUAGCUUCAAGUCUAGCGGUGCUUGGAAAUGGCUCAAAGGUGUGACUGAUGACAAAAAGAAGGACGAGAGCAAAAGGUCCAAGGCCAAGGCGCUUGCGGAAAAGGCCCAAGAUAACGUUCGAUUGGAUGUCCUUCAAACCUCGAUCGACAAAACAGCACCCAAAGGACGCGAAAGUCUUGUGCUAGACCGUGAUUCAAUUGAUGGCAAACUGCAAGAAGAAAGAAAAAAGGAAAGCUUGAGAAAGAGCGAUUCGAGGAGAGAAAAAGAUGGUAAUAUCUUCUCGUCGAUAUUUGGCAGUGGCAAGAAGAAGGAAGAAAAAGAAAAGGAGAAGAGCACUAAAAAGCACUCCCUGCUGCACGUACCGGACGAGCCGAUCUACAAGCCACUACAGCCAGAUGUUGACUAUAACUGGACGAGGUUUCCUCUGCUGGAAGAGCGUGCCAUUUACCGCAUGGCGCAUAUCAAGUUGGCUAAUCCUCGCCGACCUCUACUAAGCCAGGUUCUGCUCAGCAACUUCAUGUAUAGCUAUCUGGCUAUUGUUCAGGCUAUGCAUCCACAAAUGAACAUUCCGAUUUCCCCCCAACAGAAACGUUUGGAGGAGGAAGCUAGGCGCAAGCAGCAAGAACAGGAGUAUCUUGCGCAACAGGGGGACGGUGAUCAACAGGAUAUGGACCAGUACAAUUUCGAUUAUCACCGCUCCACAAUCCAGUACGCCGAGUCUGGUAACGAUGGCUCGGUUGACUACGUCGAUGACGCCCAGAUUUACGAAGAUGACCAUGGAGAUAGCCAAGAGCACGACUACGAUUACGGUGAAUCCAAGUCAUAUGAGAAAGGGGAGAAGGACUAUUAUGAGUACCGCGAAAACUGA